GCGCGGCGUGUCCAGCUCGGCCGUAGCCGCCCUCAGGUCCCGCCGAGCGCCGCCCGCCAGGCCGCCGCCUCGGCUCCCCCUUGCCCUUGGCCGGCGCGGAGGGGACGGGGCAGAGGAAGCCGGUGGUAUUCCCGUGCGCUCGGGUUCGGAUUUUUCAGCUGGGGGGAACUUUAUAUCCCGGGUCGACGAGGAGCGGCGGGCCGCCGCGGAGGAGAGCGAGGAUGAGGAUGAUGCUGCUGAUGUCGCCGCGAUGUAUCGCGCUUGGAGGUCUCUGGUGAGACGCGCAGCUCCCAGAUCCGCGCCCGCCUGUAAGAGGCUGUAGUGGUGCUGUUGCACGAAGGAGCUUCCCGUCUGAUUUAAACCUCAAACGGACGCUUUCAUCUCUGUUUUAUUUUUUUUAAAUCUUCCCCAACGGGGCUGGUUGCCUGGACGCUAAGGCCAGCGAGCAUCUUGAGGGGUUUGCUUUCCUUUUGUCCUGGGGACUUCUCUGCAACUAACGGAAGAGUCUGUGCUGCGUGUGUGGUACCCUUUCCUCUGCCCUCCAGCGUUUCGUGCAUGUGCUAUUGGAGCUGCUCCGAUCGGCGACGGCUGUGCAAGAGCGCCCGCCCGCCUCCUUCCUCCUCCUCCUGCCUUCCUCCCUUGUUCAUCGCUCUGUGUCUUGCCGGUGGUUUGGCCCCUGCGCCGACGCCUGCGAGCAACGCGUCCCUGCCUGGAGACUUUCUGUCGCCCCCCUCGGCUUCCGACGGUCCCGCCGCGGACACUGCGAUCCGCUCCCUUCGGCUGGAUUUUCCCCUUUUGACAAGGGGCAGAAGAGGAGAGAGGAGUCUCCUCCGCCUGGGAUUUCCGGCCUUACAAUCGCAUCGACCACUUGCGAGUCCGUGAAGGGGAUUAUUCGCCGCCUCUGAGGGGCGGCUGUGGCCUCCCCCCCCUGCGCCCCGUCGGGUCCCGUCCCGCCGCGCCCGGGCCUUGCGGGCGCCGCCCGCCGGUCGAAGCGCAGCCGAAAGAGCGCGGGGCGCUGGUGACCGUCCCAAGCGCGGCCCGUACGCCUUUCCCGGCCACCUUCAGCCCUCCUUGGAACAACAGCAACAAAGGACGCCGCGGCUGGGGAAUGUCCCCGCGGCGGGGGCACUGAGCCGCGCCUCGCCCCGCUGCUGCCCGCGGCGGCGGAGGGAAGGCGGUCGGCGGGUGUCGCCGCUCCUGUCCCCUGGGCGCACCGGGUGUGAAGCCGGGGCAGGGCGGGGAGUCUCGCCGCGAGAGCCGCGCUGCGAGGGAGAGCCGCCGCGGCCGGAGCCAUGUUCCCCCAGAGCCGGCACCCCACCCCGCACCAGGCUGCGGGCCAGCCUUUCAAAUUCACCAUCCCGGAGUCGCUGGACCGCAUCAAAGAAGAGUUCCAGUUCCUCCAGGCGCAGUACCACAGCCUUAAAUUGGAAUGUGAGAAACUGGCAAGCGAAAAGACGGAAAUGCAGAGGCAUUAUGUGAUGUACUAUGAAAUGUCGUAUGGAUUAAACAUUGAAAUGCACAAACAGACAGAAAUUGCGAAGAGAUUGAAUACAAUUUGUGCACAAGUCAUCCCAUUUUUGUCUCAGGAACAUCAGCAACAAGUGGCCCAAGCUGUAGAACGUGCCAAACAAGUGACCAUGGCUGAAUUGAAUGCCAUCAUCGGGGUACGUGGCCUUCCAGGUCUACCUCCUACACAGCAGCAGUUGCAGGCUCAGCAUCUCUCCCAUGGCCACGGACCUCCAGUGCCUCUAACACCGCAUCCAUCAGGACUUCAGCCUCCAGGAAUCCCUCCACUUGGAAGCAGUGCUGGCCUUCUUGCCCUCUCCAGUGCUUUGGGUGGGCAGUCUCACUUGGCAAUAAAAGAUGACAAGAAGCAUCACGAUGCAGACCACCACAGAGACAGAGAGCCAGGCACAAGUAAUUCUCUGUUGGUCCCCGACAGUCUACGAAGCGAUAAACGCAGGAAUGGCCCUGAAUAUGCCAAUGACAUCAAAAAGAGAAAGGUGGAUGAUAAGGAUUCCAGCCACUAUGACAGUGAUGGGGACAAGAGUGACGAUAACUUGGUUGUAGAUGUAUCCAAUGAGGAUCCUUCUUCCCCAAGGGCAAGUCCCACUCAUUCACCCCGUGAAAACGGUAUCGAUAAAGCCCGCCUGCUGAAGAAGGAUGCCUCCAGCAGCCCAGCAUCUACAGCUUCUUCAGGAAGUUCCACUUCCCUCAAAUCCAAGGAAAUGGGUCUGCAUGAAAAAGCCAGCACGCCUGUUCUGAAAUCCAGCACACCAACUCCUCGAGGUGAUGUGCCAACCCCAGGCACUAGUGCAACUCCAGGACUCCGUCCAGGCCUUGGCAAACCUCCAACAAUGGACCCUCUGGUUAACCAAGCUGCUGCAGGUUUGCGGACCCCGUUGGCAGUACCAGGACCGUACCCUGCUCCAUUUGGAAUGGUACCUCACGCUGGCAUGAAUGGAGAGUUAACCAGUCCAGGGGCAGCCUAUGCCAGUCUGCACAAUAUGUCACCCCAGAUGAGUGCUGCUGCUGCUGCAGCUGCCGUGGUUGCCUAUGGAAGAUCUCCUAUGGUUGGGUUUGAUCCUCCUCCUCACAUGAGAGUACCUGGAAUCCCUCCAAAUCUAGCAGGGAUUCCUGGGGGAAAACCAGCCUACUCCUUUCACGUCACUGCAGAUGGUCAGAUGCAGCCAGUCCCUUUCCCUCCUGAUGCCCUCAUCGGUCCAGGAAUCCCUCGCCACGCCCGUCAGAUCAACACCCUGAACCACGGUGAAGUUGUGUGUGCAGUUACCAUCAGCAACCCCACGAGACACGUGUACACGGGUGGGAAGGGGUGUGUCAAGGUUUGGGACAUCAGCCAGCCUGGCAACAAGAGCCCCGUCUCUCAGCUGGACUGCCUGAACAGAGAUAACUACAUCCGCUCCUGUAAAUUGCUGCCCGAUGGAUGCACCCUCAUCGUUGGCGGGGAAGCCAGCACAUUAUCCAUAUGGGACCUGGCAGCUCCAACUCCUCGCAUCAAAGCAGAGCUGACAUCCUCAGCACCUGCCUGCUAUGCUCUGGCUAUCAGCCCUGACUCCAAGGUGUGCUUUUCCUGCUGCAGUGAUGGGAACAUUGCAGUGUGGGAUCUGCAUAACCAGACAUUGGUCAGGCAAUUCCAGGGCCACACAGAUGGAGCCAGCUGUAUUGACAUUUCUAAUGAUGGUACCAAGCUCUGGACAGGAGGUUUGGAUAACACUGUCAGAUCCUGGGACUUGAGAGAAGGGAGACAGCUACAACAGCAUGACUUCACAUCACAGAUAUUUUCCCUUGGUUAUUGUCCUACUGGUGAAUGGCUAGCUGUGGGAAUGGAGAGCAGCAAUGUCGAAGUGCUACAUGUAAAUAAACCAGACAAGUAUCAACUGCACCUUCAUGAGAGCUGUGUAUUGUCACUCAAAUUUGCUUACUGUGGUAAAUGGUUUGUGAGUACUGGGAAAGAUAACCUUCUUAAUGCAUGGAGAACUCCAUAUGGAGCCAGUAUCUUCCAGUCCAAAGAAUCUUCAUCAGUGCUUAGCUGUGACAUCUCUGUGGAUGAUAAGUACAUUGUCACUGGCUCUGGAGACAAAAAAGCUACAGUCUAUGAAGUUAUCUACUGAAAAACAUGAUGGGGAUAUUCUUUUAGAGGUUGAACUGGGCCAAAAUUGUUUGUAGAAGUAGAAAGGUUUUGAAUUUUUGAAAGGAACAAAAGUGUUGAGGUUCCAGACCUUGCCAUGAAACUACUCCGAUUUUUCAAAAUAGAAGGCAACGUCCUGCAACUAAGUAUUGGCUACAUGGACCAGACGGAACACAGAGGCAAGAUGGGCAAGUGUAGCCUAGGUUUUUGACAUAAUUUUUAAAAGCCAAGUCUACUGAAGAACGUUGGAGCCUUUUAUUUUUUUUCUUUUGUGACCUCAUGCAAUUUUUUCUCAUUGCCUGAAUAUGGGGGAUAAAUACCUUUCUGUUCCUUGCAGUUCAAGUUGCAUUCUGUCCUGGGUAGAGCAGCCAUGUCUCAGAUGAACUUGUUUCCUGGUUUUGCAUCUUGUGAUAUGUUUUUGUAUUUUUGUUGAAGGUCAAACAUUUGUAUAAAUUGUAAAUAUAUUUAGUUUACUACAGUAAAGGCUUUAGUACCAACAACCAGUCUUCCCCCUUGCCCCCUCCCUGCUUGCCCUGCUUAUUUAAAAUUAAAAACCUUUUGGGGAUAUAAGUACCUUUUUAGAAGCAAGAGCAAACACUAUGUAUAGUUUGAAAAUGGUGUCUUAUUCUUUAUAACUGUUCUUAGAUUCCUUUAUCAUAUUUCGAAGUAGAUGAUUUGACAUACUAGGAUAUCAAGUCCAGUAGAUAUUGUCUUGUUCUACAGAAAACUUAAAGGCAGUUUUGUACUAAUUAUAGUGUAAAUAUAAAAAUUGAACAUUUCAUAAAGCUGUGCAGUUUAUUUUGAUGUCCCAUGUAUAUGUUCUUUGGUAGAUACAGUAAUAUGUGCCUGAUCAUAACACAUUUGGUCAUUUCUCUAGAAGAGGAGGUGUCUUCCCUGUCAUUUUUCUCCCCCAGCUGAACAGAAUUCAUGUGAGACUACAUUUCAACUAAGUACAUCAGAGCCUUUAUUUGUUAUAUGAGGAUGUCUGUGAUUAGAGAAGUUGCAUCCUUCAUGUGUUACAGAGAAGUGGUAGUUAGUGGCCAUUUCCUUUUUAAAAUCUUGUCUAUACUUAGAUACUCAGGUAAAUUUAACUAAAUUACCAAAAGUGUGAGUUUACAGGGGAUUUCUUAAAGAUGUUAAAUACUUGCAGGGUAGCAAGUUAAGUGAAUUAACAUAAACUAAGUUGAAAUCGCUUCUUAAUUUCUUGUGAGAAUAAUGACAAAGGAAUAUUUUGAUUUUUAACUAAUCCACUCUACAAAUUAAUUAGAAUUAAUUUUCCUGAGUGUCCUAUGUUAUGCAGGCCUGUAGGCUCUAUGUAUUCAUGCUGAGCAAUCUGUGAGUCCUUUCCAUUGUUGCAUCACUGUGUGACAUCUGUGAAGAGCCAUGAUAAGCAGCCAGUUACCAAAGCUAUGCAUCUUCAAGUUUUCUUAGUGUACUCAAGAGCAAUGGAUGAGGAGAGAAUGUGUUCACUUUAUUAACUAUUAUUUUUUCAGGCUAAUGUGUUCUACCACUGUUUGCUAGACAACAGACUUUGCUGUUGCACUGGUGGGAGCUGUACAUUUCCUACAUUCUGUAAUUUGGUUAUAAUUUCUGUUGCUCAUGGAGAGCACAGAUGAACAGAAGGAUAUCUUUGAACAAUUAAUUUAGAUUACACAAACUGGCAGACAGAAGAAGAGCUGCUUUCUCAUUUUUCUAGCAUUUGAUGAUGGCCUAUAUCCCUGCUCUUUCAAAGACACGUAGUUAGGAAGAAACAAGCUUGACUGACAGGUGUGUUGAUUGGAUAAAGAAUUUUUCAUGUGGGGGCAAAUUUUAUCUAAGAUUCUAGUCUGAAGGGACGUAGGUUUUCCUUUUGAUUUACAUGACCGUUCUACUGAAACCAAAUUAUAGCGUCUAAAACUGUAAUAGCCUUAACGUACUAACAUUCCAUCCAGAAUGUAAAAUAUUACCCAUCCAGGAUAAUCUGGUCUCCUAGAAUUUUAAAAAUAGCAUUGUAUUAAUAUGUAUCCAUAUAUUUCUUUGUUGAUUUUUUAGUUGUUAAUUUGUAUCUGUAUGAAAAUGACGGACAAGUUUAGAUGCUGAUCAUGUUGCUUUCAGACAUAGUGGGGCAGAAAGCAGAAUCAUGAGGCUUUUCAGAGAAUUAACUGUAUUUGCUACACUGAUAUACUGGGAAGUGCUGUGCCAUUUUUACAAGGGAAAGUUUUAAAACAAGAGCAUUUACAAGAUUACUUGAUUUUUACACUUUUCAUAUUGAAAUUUCUCUGAACAUCUGGUUCUGGCAGUGAUCAUUGACUUUAGCAGCACUGGCAAAUUUGCUUUAAUUAGGAUCUUUUGGAUUUUUGCCAAACUGCUAUCACCUUGGCUUUUACUUUAUAGGUAUCCUUUUGCUGUUCUCUGAAGUCAACAUCACACAGGAGCCAAGAAUACAAGUAUUCUUACACAUCUAUAUCAAUUAAAAAGACCCAACAUGUGUAAUUGGUCUGCUAUAUAUUGUGGCAUAGGGCUUGCUAGCAAGGUCACACUUGUCAAUCCAGAGAUUCAAAAUCAUAGUGUCAGAAGAAUCAUAAAAUACCUUGUUUUCUUGGCUUCUAGAAUGUACAAUGAGUCAGAGCAGUUAUGGAAUCAGAAAUUUAUGUGCAUGAAUUUAAUCAUAUUUGUACCAUGUAUUUCUUGAUUGUAAUUAAGAAAUUAAUUCCUUUUUUCCCCCCUAUUAUAAGCCUUGGGUCUGAAAAUUAGUGGAUACAUCUGAAAGCUUCUGGAUGCAUCAUCCAUACUUGUGGAUGAGUAGUUCUCUCCAUUUGUUGUUUCAGAUUUCACUUAAUGUUUAUAAAAUUGUGAGUCUUUUGAUUUGUCAAGAGAGUAAAGCAUAUUCUACUUGCAGAUGUAAUUUUUAAUGAAAAGAGAGGUUUGCUGAACUUCUAGCAUGUCUGUCUACACAAUCACCUAAAAGAUGUAAAACUUGUGAAGCUUAAAACUUCUGUAAGUUGUUAUAGCCCUGUGUAAAGUAGUGGGUGGAAAUAAUUGCCCACUGAAUGAAGAAACAGACUAACCAAGGUCAGCGGUAACAGAAAAGGCACUGGGGAAGCCAUGUGGAGAAGAGAAGUGCAUCAGUUACUAUUGUAUAGGUAAUUCUGUUUUUUGUGGGAGGUCAACCUAAAUACGGUCCUAAAAGAUUCCUUUGGUUAGCACCUUUUGGGACAGUCUUUGUGUGCUAGGUGGCCUUCAGUAUUCAGAGAUGUCUCAAUGGCACUCUGGUAAAUGCCUGUUCUGGAUAGAAGCAGGGAGUCCUUACAAAAGACAUUUUGGAUGUCAAUGCAAACAAUAACUGAUGAAGAGGGGAUUUGUGGUGAUACCAAUUCAACUGAACAAAAUCCUUUGUCAGCUUUAAUAUGUAUAUUUUGUGUAUGUGCACUUAGUAUAACCCUUUAUAAAUCAAUUGAGCAGAAAGUCAGGAUAUCAUUCCACACAAUGUAUUUGUCAGUGUGUCAGAUGUUCUUUUCAAUUAUAAUUCCAAGCAAUGGCAGUUCCCCUUGUUAGCAUACAAGCCUACUGGUGUCUUGAGAGAGAAUUUUCAUCUACAUUAGUUCUUUCUAAUUCAUUUGGCAUUUCAAAGGCUUUUGUUCUUUUAAAGGAAAGAGGGACCACUAAAUGAACAUCAUUUUCACAGACUGUUAUAACAAGUGUUAUUUUUUAAUAUAAACAUCAAUGUAGAAUCUGUAUAUGAAUGAUUGACCAUAAUUUUUGGGUCACAUUUUUGCAUUGGUGUGAUACAAGUAGAAUUUCAGAAGCUUCUAAGUUACUCAAGUAGCUUUAACUCAGAUUGACAAACUGAUUUUUUGUUUGGUGUUUAAUUCCUGAUAAAGUUUUUUGUUUGUUUGUAGUUUUGUGGAAUGGCUGGCCCACUUAGGAUCCCAAGGGAUUAUGUAGUCUAGUUAAAAUAGUCUUUCAUAUUUUCUAUUUUAUUGGUGCAAUUUUGAGUUGAUGGGGAAAUUCCACCAUUCUAUUAAUUAAGAAAGGUGGAUUUUGAAGUUUUUUGGCUAAGGAGGAGUACAGACUUCUGAUUUCGCACUACUGAUAAAGUGUUUACCCCUUAAAUCACUUCACUGGAUAAUCUGGACUGAUUCCAACUCUGCUGUCUCUUUGAAGGAUUUUGGGUUUUUUCUCCUACCACAAGCGCACAGAAAGAAUUUGAGAAUGUAGGUUUAUGUAAGACUUCAGCCAAUUCAUUUGGUCCUGCCAGACAGAUAAACUUCAUUACAUAAUGGGAAAGGAGGAGUAACUCAGAGUUGAACCUGACAAACACCAGAAUGCAGGUGAGUUAUGGCACAGAAAUUCAUGGACAGAACCACUUCAGUUAAAAAAGCCCUCCAAGAUGAUCUAGUCCAACCUCUGACUGAAUAUUACAUGUAAACUAAACCAUAGCAUUAUGUGCUGCAUCCAGUCAUUUCUUGAACACCUGUGGGAUGGAUGACUCUACCACCUCCCUGGACAGCCUGCUCCAAUGCUUGACAACUUCAUCCAUGAGAAGAUUCUUGCAGAGGUCCAACCUGAACCUCCCCUGGCUUAGUUUGAAGCUGUGUCCUCUUGUCCUGUGGCUGAGAGGAGAGACCAAGUGACACCCAGCUUGCUACAACCUCAUUUCAGGGAGUUGUAGAGUGAGCCUUUUCUCCAGUCUAAACAAUCCCAGCUCCCUCAGCCACUCCUUAAAAGACUUAUGUUCCAGACCCUUCACCAGCUUCUCUGCCCUUCUCUGAGCAUACCUCAAUGUCCUUCUCAUGAGUGGCCUAAAACAGAACACGGGAUUUGAGGUGCAGCCUUUCCAGUAACAGGGGCAGGGAAAAUCCCAGCCCUAGUCCUGCUAGCUACACUAUUGCUGACACAAACGAGGACACCAUCAGUCACCUUGGACACCUAGUCACACUGCAGGACAAGAGGAAAUGAGAACUAGAAACACAUACAUUUUAGGUGUAACCUAACAUGCAAUCUACGCAAUUCACCUAGAAUGAGAUUUCAGUCAGAGAGUUCACUGACAUCUGUUUCUCUGUAAAGUUGUUCAAAUGUUUCUGCAGUUAUUCAAGGACCCUUGAGUUGUGUGUUUGAACUAGAAGUGGACAUUUCUUUGAUAUCCAUAAACAUCUAGUCAUCUCAUCCUAAGAGGGAAAAGGAGUUAACUGACAGCCAGUUCUCUACAUUUACCAUUACCUUUUAUUUCUGUAGCUCAAGAUCUGCUUCCAAGCACUUGAUAAUCCCAUUUUCAGCAACAUGCUCCCAAAUGUCCCACUGCAGCUUAAGUGCUUAGUGCUGUGUGGUAGGUUUUGUUAGGGAAAUCAGACAUGUAAGAACUGGGUGCUUGAAAAAUCUGUCCUAUGGGUCUAUCUUACUGACAUUUCUGAGAAAUUUACCCAGGAUUUCUGCUUAGCUAUAUAGGAGAGCUGAAACACUCGCUGAAACAUUUUCUAAAUCAGCAAAAAAUGUGUUUUGAACAUAUUUUAAGCACAUGAGUGGGCUUGGGGGUUUUUUGGUUUGGUUUGUGGUUUUUCACUAUUUGCAGUUGAUUGAUUUUUUUUUUUUUUUCUUCUGACAUUACUUUAAAAUGAAUUACUUACUAUGAAUUGAAUAUAACAAGAAAACGUGAAGGGAAAUCAGAAGAAUGAAUAAUAGCCUUCAGAGGGCAGAAUGUUGUUGAAGAUGCAAAGAACCUACUGCUUCUGUGAUACAUUAAUUCUUGAGAGAGCUGGAUUUCUAUUUCCUUGAGGCUAAAAGUGCUGCUCAGAAAACUGAAUACCGAAAAUGUCUGUUGUGGGGGCAAAUGUUAGUUAUCAUUUUCAAAUCUGAUCAGGGUUUUUUGUGGGGUUUGGGUUGUUUGGGGUUUGCCCUCCCCAUAUUUCUUAGAUCUGGGUCUCACAGUUCACUCUGAGAAGCUGAAAAACUGUCCAUGUUCUUUCUGGCUCUAUGCUCUACUAUACAUUAGUAAGAAUUUAGUUGCCUGUUAAUGAUAUACAGUAUACAGGAAAAUCUGACUGAAUAUUUCAGUGGAUAGCUGCAUAAUUAUAUUGGGCAGUGUCUGGUGUAAUGAUUUUCCUUACUAAUGCAAGCACUCAGAUAUAGGAUAGCUGCAUUAUUCUAUACUCACAUUUUCAUUGUUUAUGAGUCCCUGGUUUGGCAUAGUUGACUCUUCAUAGAAAAAAUUCUGUGAUGGCUUCUGAGGUAAAACAUAAAAUUAUGAUAUUUUUCCUCUCCUAUAAUUUCACAUGUGAUUUUGCCGAUAUUUUUAAGAUUAUAUUGAUUCAUAUAAGAGAUGCUGCAAGCAACUCAACAUUUAUAUUGUGUACAGCUUGGCAAGGGUUGCCUUUGCUAUGUUCACAGCACAAAAGUAUCUCUCAAACCCUGUUUCAAAACCCUGUUUUCUGCCAAAAAUUAGUUUGAGGUGAAGAUAACACAUAGUCUGGAGACUAAGCAAUCAAACAUACUGUUAUCAUUAUCCCUUCUGUAUACUCUGUCAUUAACAUAGAAAAUGGAGAUGAUAGUCUGUAACUGCAAACAAUAAAUGCUGUUUUUCCUUUGAGCACUGAUUUUAAUGGCAGUUUAAAAAAGUUAACAAGCAGAAUGAAGGGGUCAUAAAUGAAAGUUAACCCACAGCAGUUGGAAACUGAGAAAUCCUUGUUACUUUCCUGGUAGUGAGCCUAAUUUGUUUAAAAUAAAAUCCAUCUGCCCAUUUCACAGUCUUUUGUCACACUUCCUUCAGUGAUUCACAAUGGAUUACCCCCUUACUUUAAAACCUGUCUGAAAUUAUGAUAACUCUUAUUUUGUGGUUUGCUGUAGCAUUAAGUUUUGCAGUCCAGCGAAGAUGCCCUUUAUUCUUAAAAAAUAAUCAGCUAUUGGGGUUUUUCUGCAGUUGGAAAUGAUUUUUUUCAAAUUGGAUUUCAAAUAAAUAUACAAUCUGAUGGUUUUGUGGCCACAUUAAAUUUACUAACUGGAAUAAGUUUCCUUUUUCAUACAGAAAUCAGUUUACUACCGUGCUCCUUUAUGUUUCCUCCUGGAUAUACAUUAGAUCUCUAGAGAUGUUUUAAUGAGUUAUACAUACAUAAUGCUUCUAAUUUUUCUUUGUCCUUCUGAUUGUUAGAUAUGUGAGAUGUGUAUUUCUGACAGCAGUUGAGUGAAUAUUCACAAAUAUAUGAUAUAAUUGAAUUUUUGAAUGUGUACUUCAAGAAGUUUAUAGACUUGUAUAGAUAAAUCAUUGAUUUUCAUUUGUCAAAUUCAAGAUUUUCAAGUCCUGAUACUCUUGUAUUUUUAUCAGUGAAUCUGUUAAAGGAAAUACUUCUGGAUUUUGAAUGGUUUUCAUUGCUUUUUAAAUUUGUUUAUGUAGAUACUCUUCUUUGUUGAGUACAAGUUAUUGACCUGGUAUUCUAUUUAUAAUUCUUCCUGGUUCUUCAGUAUUUUAUCUAGCUGUAACUUAUUAAAAACCACAAAUAUGAAAUGGGGAUAUUAAUGACAAGUGGUUUAAAUGUGAGAGUUUCAAAUGCAUGUUAGAAUAUUUCAACACUUUUUUCACUGUAAUUUUACAUUUUUUCAUUACUUAAGUAAUUAAAAAAAAUCCUUAGGGUUGAAUUAUAGUAAAAUUUUAUACAUCUCAGUACUAAUUUUGUCUCCCAGUGGACAGCAAUAAUUUAGAUGGGAUUGUUUUUACUCUACCUAAUUUAUUCUUGGGCAGGGGGGAAGGGGAAAAAUAUUAACCUUGCAAAUUUUGCUAAUUAUAAUAAUUUCAUUGCUAUUGUUAAUUGUUUUUAAUAACCUCCAUGCCUUCAGAAAUUUGUUCUAUAUUUUGAAGAAAACAUCCAGAUAUACAGGGUUCUGUAAUAGAAUGUGUUUACAGUAUUUAUCCCCUGGGUUAGCUAUAACAGUAAGGGGAAGUAUAGUGACAGAUACCACUUGCAAUAGUUGCUAGUGCAAUGUGCCUUUGAACCAUUUUCUUUAGUUAUUAAAUUUUCUUGUAAUCUUAGGUAAGGUGAGCAGUUUUAAAUCAGUUUCAUUUCUAUCAAAGUGGAUAUGACAAUACAUUCUUAGAGCUUUACUAGUCUUACUAAAUUUAAAUCUGCAUGGUAAAUGGUUACAUGUAUAGUUUUGAACUGAUUUUACUGUUCAGGUUAACUUCUUAGGUUUCAAAACCUGCUAGAGUAGAGGGAGAAAUUGCCAGUUAUAUUUGGGGGUUUUUUAUUGCUUUCAUUUUGUACUAUAUAUAUCAGUGGGACUUUCACAACACUGUAGAUGUGCUCAGUUUUAAUGUUGCCGUAGUUUGCUCCAUCUGUUUUCCUUGAAUUUAGCUUAAAAAUUAAUCCCUUUCCAUAGGUGUCUGCUUUGAACCUUAACAAAUAUAAAAAUAAUCAAAAUAUCACUAUUUGAUAGACACACUGUUUAUUUCUCUAUUUCUGAUGUGGAUAUUGUUUAGCAGGGCCUGUCUAGUUAAAAGGCAGUUAAAAUAGUAAUCACACAUGAUCUGUGUCUGUCAUUCGUAGAAAAAAUGCUACAAAGUGAUAUGUGGUGGUAACAACUCGGAAGGAAAAGAAUAUGAAAUUCAGAUAGCAGCUUGAACAAUUUACUGUUAGCAUGGGGCCCAAUAACACUACAAAGCUAUAAACUCUGUCCUUCUAGAUUGCCCAGUUAGGUGGCAGAGAUGCAAUUUGUCUUUUCUGAAGCCACCUGCUGCUAGCUAGCUCCAUCUCCUGUCACAGCCUAUUAGCUCCCCAAGAAAAUUGGUGGGAAAUUGCCUGCAGAUUGUAGGAAAUUGCAUCUCCAGCCCCAGGAAAAAAUGUAGGAUAGCACAACACUGAUCCUCCCAGAGCAGCUAUUAAUACAGCAAAAGCUGACCUUUGGCAUGGCGUGAAACGACUUUGCUGAAUAAAGACUGUAUUAUGUGUGGUUGAAGGAGGGAAGGAAUUAUUAUCCUAGCUAUGCUUGUAGUCAGCCUGUUCCAGGAAGCUUAACUAUGAGCAGCAGGUUCUGCUGCCCCUCAUUCCCACUGGAAGGUGGAAGAGGACAUUUUGCAGCCUUAUAUACAAAAUUCAUUGUACAGAUGGGCAAAAAACCCUUUAUGUAUUUAAAUUAUGUUAGUUCAUAUAAAAUUCAACAGUUUAGUGACAAAGUUGAAAGGUAAUUUAUGAAGCUAAUUGCAAAAAAAUUAAUAGGUAUCUCUGCUCAGGUGAGUCUUGGUCAAACUAGGAACAACUUUUUGGCUAUUUAAUUCUAUUUAUAUAUACAUAUUAUACAUUUGAUUUUGGAGCAGUUACAAUGAAAAGGAACUGAUUUGUUCUGUAACUGUGAACUGUAAAAAGUCAUGGAAUACGCAUUACUUAUCACAGAUUUUAGCAUUAAAUUCCUUGCUGCUAGGAAGCUCACUUCUGUUAUGUUUAAACUAAUUUCCAUAUGUUCUUUAUGGUGUAAUAUAGAAUGAGUUUCAUCCUCUGUCAUUUCUACUACAGCUACCUUUCUAAUUUUGUACUUUACCUCAGUUUUACAGGGCCUUUCAAUAAAAGACUCAAGUUUUCUGUAAAUUCUGAGAGAGGGGGUAUGUAUAGUUAGGUUUUUUUGCAACAUAAAAAUAAAUGUCAGUAUUUUCUUUGAGCUUGCAGUUGUACUUAGUUGAUUCAAAGCCUCCUGAGGAAGAUGUGGUUGUGAAUCAGAAUGGCGUAUUGAUCAGAAGUGAGUAUGAGGAGGGCGGCAGCAGCAGGGAAAAAAUCAUUUUGCAAUCAAGAGCAUUGCUGUUUUCAAACUCAGAUGAGAUCUCUUGGUAACUGGCAGCUGCCCAGGGAUCUAAGUGAAACCAGUGGGUUCAUUUCCUGUUGUAUUAGUGUCCACUGUUGUAAAUGAUCUAGCAGGGCUUACGAACACUCUCACCGCUGAUUAGAGAAAAUUAGUGGCCUGCCUUAUGGAGCUGAGGCAGAGGCAGUACGGCAAAAAAGGUAUUGCACACAGUUCAAAGCACAGCUGAAGGGGAUCAAGAGAACUUCAUGUCAUGAGGCUCUCUGGACUGCUGUUUUGAAUUCUUAUGAUCAUAAAUGCACACAUAUGUCAGUCUGAAAUGCUAAUUUGUUGAGGCAUUGAUUUUCUAAUUUAGUUAUAGCACCUUUUAUGAAAGUUAUGCAGUUUAGUGCUGUGUGUCUUUUCUUGUAAAACAAAUACAAGGAACAGAAGAGCUGUGGUGCUUGAGCCUUUAUUCUGUAUUUACAAUAGCUGUUCAUCUUCCAAGGUAUUACAUAUUAAUUGCAUUCUCAAAAUAAACCUUGCCAUUUAGUAACAAA